AUGCGAUGCAACCCCAGGGCCAUUGGUCUGCAAUCACGACUCUAUUCAUCAGAAAACCCCCCGAAAGACCCAGAGACCAACUCUAGGACAAAUAAAGACGUCGAGGCUGAGCUCGAAUCUAUCCUUAAACCUCGGCCAAAUAUUCUAAAGGAGCUGCAACCGCCUCUCGAAAGACCAAAACUGGAAGAUGUCAAGUCAGCUUCUGCAGAUGCUAUCCCCCAAGACACAAAACCCGAGACGCCCAAAAAUGAAGAGACCAAGCCCGAACCCACAAAACUCGACGAUGCUGCUCAAUCACACGAAACCCCCUCAACUACUGAUAGCCUCCAAAUUCUCCGUGACCGCGCGCAACAUCGUGUCAGCGAGUUAAAGGAGAAAUUUAGCCAUGCUAUGGAUACUCUUCAAUACCGAGCGAUGAACGCUUCUCAGACACUGAAUGAUAUCACUGGAUAUACCAGCAUUGAGAUCAUCAAAGGCCAAAACGCCAAGCUUGAGACGGCACUUGCAGAGGCUCACGAGCGGGUUCGAAAUGCUCGUCAGGAAUACAAGACAUCGAAUGCCAGCCGAGCUACGACGCAACGUGAGGUCACAACUCUGUUGGCAAGAAAGGAUAGUUGGUCGCCGAUCGAUCUCGAGCGGUUUACCGAGCUGUACCGAGCAGACCACACCCUUGAGGGCAAGGUGGCAUCGUCCCAGGAAGCUUUGACAGAAGCCGAAAUAGAAGAACAACGCUUGAGUCAGCAACUCAACGCAGGUAUCCUAAAGCGUUACCAUGAGGAACAAAUCUGGAGCGACCGCAUCCGAAGGGCGAGUACCUGGGGUACAUGGGGUCUAAUGGGCAUGAACUUCUUGCUAUUCGUUAUCCUGCAGUUCGUGGCAGAGCCCUGGAAGAGAAGGCGAUUAGUAAGAGGCGUUGUAGCUGAGGAGAAGGCCGUGCUGGAAGAGGUUCGUGGGGAGCUUGAGCAAGUCAAGCUUGCCAUUGAGGCCCAAAACCGACCUGCUGCCGCCGCCGCUUUGGCUUCAGCUGUUGAAGCGACUCGGGACGCAGACGUCGAGCCUACUGCCGAGAUUGUGGAAUCGGAAGAGGUACCAACCGAGAGUCCCUUUACAACUGCGGAGGCACAUACCAGUGAGAUACCUAUUUCGACGCCCGUUGAGCCAGCAACCGAGACGCCUCUCCCGGAAACUCUGCCAAUGAGGACUUGGCCAGAAGUCCUCAAUGAUCCCUCAUGGUGGAAAGCCUGGAAGGAACUUCUGCUUGAUCCCUUGUGGUGGAGGACCAAGACAGAAGACCUUUACAGCGAGCGACGGAUAGAUAUGCGCAUGAGAGACGCUUCAUUGUUGGCGCUGGAGGGAGCGCUGGCUGGAGCUGUUUUUACCGCAAGCAUUGCGCUACUAAUGGUUCGAAGAUGA